AAAUAAUUAUUGGCGGUUUGACUGCCAUCCAUAUAUAAGAGCAAAGCCAAAAUUCAACGUCCUUUUGCCGACAACGUCAAAUCGCUAAUUUCCUCGGCAAUGGCAGAUCAAAUCAACAGCGACGGUGACGAGCAACGACGGCCGUUACAGCUAUUCGUGAAGCUUCUUAAUGGAGAAACCCUAUCUCUCCAAUUCCCGACUCCGGUCAUCGAAGCUCGAUGCGUCAAGCAGCGAAUCUAUGAGAUCACCAAAAUUCCCGCCCAACUCCAGCGCCUGAUACGUGGUCACCAAUUAAAGGACGAUUCGGUGAUUUUGCACUCUGAUGUCACGCUUAACCUCUUCCUCCGGCUUCUCGGUGGUAAGGGAGGUUUUGGUUCGCUGCUGCGUGGAGCCGCCACGAAGGCAGGGCAAAAGAAAACAAGUAAGUUUGAGGCGUGCCGUGCCAUAAGCGGGCGGCGGCUGAAGCACGUUAACGCAGAGCGCAGACUGGAGGAAUGGAAGGCGGAGCAGGAGGAGAGGAGGGAGGAGUCAGCAAAGUGCAUGGCUGUGGUUGAAGAGUCAGUCAGGGAAGCCUUUAAGAACGGAAAGCGGAAAGUGCUACCGGAUGGAGCUGAUGCCAAGAGGUUGAAGAUAUGGAUGGGUAAGAGAAAGUUGGAUGACAAUAUGGAUGAAGAUAGCAGCGAAGAUGAGGAUGACGAAGAAACUAAGAAAUCUGUUGUUUUGAAUUAUGGAAAUCAUUCAGAUUCUAACAAGAGAAGUCAGAGUAGCCCAGGUUCAGUUACUGGUGGAGCACAAGAAGGGGAUUUUUCAGGUGGAGUGUUAUCUGAGAGUGGUUUUGAGGAAGAGAAAGAAAUUGUCGCAUUGCAUGGCUCAGAAUCUGGUAAAGAAGAGGUUUCUAGAGUAGAUAACAGUGUCGUGCAAUCAGAUUUUCAUGAGGGAAAAGCUGCACAAACUACCAGCGGAUUUCACACUGAACAGGUGUUGAUUACUGGAACUGAAACACUUCAUGCUGGAAGGCUGGAAAAUAAUGAAUCUGAAACUGAAAACAGGGAGGAAGCAGGUGGUCCAUCCAAAUCUCUUUCAAGUGCAGAAAAUGAAGUAGUUGAAAGCCAGAUAAUUAACACUGAAAUAAAUAGUUUUCUGGGCUUGAAAUCAGGGGUUAAUGAAGAAACAGUUGCUGGUAGAGCAAAUAGCCCAGAAUCAAACAAGCCAUUGAAUUUUGAUGAAUUUAACUCACCAGAAGAGAUGGAGGCACUUGGCAUGGACAGGCUUAAGUCUGAACUGGAGGCACGAGGGCUAAAAUGUGGUGGUGCUCUACAAGAACGGGCUCCCAGGCUAUUCGUGCUAAAAUCAACCCCUCUAGAGAAGCUUCCAAAGAAAUUGCUGGCUAAGAAGUGAAAAUCUAUGUGUCAGGCUUUCAUCCCACCUUGUACUGUUGUUGAGGAAGUUUAAAAGGAAACAAUUUGACCUGUCAUUGGUGAUAAACAUUGAGCCUUUGAAGAGAGGAAUACCAGAUUUCAGUGGUGCUACAGGAGCUGCUGUGAGAUCCGAAUUGAAACAACUUCUCCUUCAGUUCUGUUGGAAUUAUUGUUAGAAAUGUGGCAUUCAGAUCUGCAGAAAUGAUGAAAUGAAACUGCCAUGAAAUGGUAGCAACGAGGCUGGAAAUCGACAGCAAAUGAAGGUGCAAUUUGACAGCAAUUUAGCUGCAAAUCUGAUAAAAAUGAAGCUGUCAAAUGACAGCAAAAACGUGCAGCAAGUUAAGCUGCAAAUGUUGAUAAAAUGAAGCUGCAAAUGAGCAGCAAAUGAAAUGCAAAUGCAAAC